GUAGUCCGCUUUAAUGGUGAAAAAUCACAAAAGAAUAUCAGAAAAUUCUUAGUUACAAUUGUUCACAGAAUGAUAGUUGAUCAAAAGUUCUUUCAACAUCUCCAAUUGUUAGUCAUUGUACUACUACUGAGUUGGAGAGCCACUUUUGAACGCUCUACAAGAAUGAAAGAUGUCAUCAGGUGCAUAGAAAAGGAGAAAGAAGCUCUUCUCAAGUUCAACGAUGAGCUUAUUGAUGAAUAUAGCCCACUCUCUUCUUGGGGAAAUGAAAAAUAUAAGAAGGAUUGCUGCAAAUGGACUGGUGUCAGUUGUGACUAUCAAACUAAUCAUAUUGUUGAGUUGGAUCUUGGUGGUAUGGGUCUAAGAGGUAACAUUAGCAUCUCGUUGCUUGAAAUACAACAUUUGAAAUAUCUAGACCUUAGUGACAAUGAUUUCAAUUAUAGCAGAAUUCCACAAUUCAUAGGUUCCCUAGGUAGAUUACAGCAUCUUGAUCUCUCUUAUUCUAAUUUUAGUGGAGAAAUUCCCCAUCAUCUCGGCAACCUUUCUGAAUUGAAUUCUCUUCAUCUUAGCUCAUCAACUAAUGGUUCACUAACUAGCACAAAUCUUGAUUGGCUUUCUCGACUUCAUUCAUUAAAAAACCUGUCCAUGUACUCUGUUAACCUCACAAUGGCUACCGAUUGGUUACAAAUAAUAACUAAGCUUACUCAGCUUCAACAUUUAUUCUUAGAUUCAUGUAACCUGCCAAUGGUACUUCCUCCCUCACCUUUCAAUGCUUCUAAUUCUCUUUCUGCCUUUGGGCUCACGGGAAAUGAGUUCUCUUCUUCUUGGAUAUUUCCUUUGGUGUUUAACUUAAGCAGUGGCCUUACUUUGCUUGACCUCAGCUCCAACAAAUUACAAGGCGAGAUUCCAAUAUCCUUGGGGAAUAUGAGUAGAUUAACUUCUUUAUAUUUAUAUGGUAACCAAUUCACAGGAGAAGUGCCUUGUCCUGCAUUAUCUUCCUCGUUAACAGACUUAGAUCUUUCUAACAACAUGUUUAAUGGUACCAUUCCCCAAUGCAUAGGAAGCCUUUCUAAACUCAAAUCUUUGUACCUUGUUUUAAACAACUUUGAAGGCAUAAUCACUGAAUCCCAUUUCUCUAAUCUUUCCCAAUUACAAUGGUUGGACUUGUCUUCCAACCCGAGUAUCUCUUUUAAUAUCAAUUUAGGAUGGAAUCCUCCUUUUCAACCGACAAGUUUAUAUUUAGCAGAUUGCAACGUAGGUCCACAUUUCCCCACAUGGCUUAGAACACAAACGAGAUUAAAGUAUCUUGAUAUCUCUAAUGCUGAGAUUUCAAACACCUUCCCUGAUUGGUUUUGGGAGUUGAGUCCAAAAUUAAGGACAUUAAAUGUAUCAAAUAACAAUUUUCAAGGUGUCCUUCCUGAUUUGUCAUCAAAGUUCUCUAAUUUCAAUUCCAUAGAUCUAAGCUUUAAUCAUUUUAAUGGUUCAUUACCAAUUUUGCCUCCGAAUGGAUAUGUAGUGGAUUUAUCGAGUAAUGAGUUCUGGAUCCCUUCACUAAAUGUCACCUUAUCAUUGCACUUACAAAACAACAAUUUCACUGGAGAAAUUCCAACAUCGUUGAGGAGUUGUACUUUCUUGACUUUUAUUGAUCUUUCCCAAAAUAAGUUGACUGGUAAUAUACCUACAUGGGUGGGAGAUACUUGGACUCAUUUGGUCUUUCUGAGUCUCAGGUCCAAUGAGUUCUUUGGUAGUAUUCCUUCCCAUUUGUGUCGUCUUGCAAACUUACAAGUGUUGGACCGCUCUUUAAACAAGAUUUCUGGUGGUAUACCAAAAUGCUUAAACAACCUCACUGCUAUGAUUCAAGUGGAUUCUGAGUUUGAUAGCGCAUUUAUUCUUAAUUACAGAAGAGGAUUUGAGAGUGCAUUUGUAAUAUGGAAAGGAAAGGAGGUCGAGUACAUAAAUACUCUUAAUUUGGUGAAACUCAUCGAUCUUUCAAGCAACAAUUUAGUAGGUGAUGUUCCUACGGAAAUUACCAGUCUUGUAACACUAGUUGGAUUGAACCUUUCAAGAAACAACCUAUCUGGAUUCCUUCCUCCUAAUAUUGAACGAUUAAAAUCUUUGGAUUUUCUUGAUUUUUCAAAAAACCACUUCUCUAGUGGCAUUCCUAUUGGUGUUUCUCAAUUGGAUCGACUUGGAGGAAACCCUGGACUUUGUGGCCUUCCACUUACAAAAGCUUGUCCAAAAGAUGAAAUUGCUCAAGUUCCAAAGAUCGGUCAUAAUGUUGAUGGGACGAAAAACCAAGAGGAGGAUAAGCUAAUCAAUGACGGAUUUUACAUUAGUAUGGCAGUUGGGUUCUUUUAUAUUCGUUUUCUUCUCUACGAUGCUCCCAGUGAUGAUGUGUCACUUGAGGGACUAGAGCAAGACUUUGAAGAUUGA